AUGGUUUGCGGAUGUGGAACGUUAGUAACAAAACCUGCUCCCCCACCAAAACAUAGACUCGUCUAGUUCGUAAAAAUUGUAACCUGAUAAGGCAGACUCUGUUUAUAUGCCCAUGCUUCAUCUCAUUCAACAUUUCCGUUACUUCGGUGGACACGUAGGACUUUUUUAAACAGUGAGUAAAGUUAUUCGUGCACUGUCAAAGAGACCCAAAGCAUUGAAGUUCCCAUGAUCAGCUGUUUAGAGAGAAUUUCCUCUGUCUUGGAGAAAAAGUAUGAAGCUUUUGGCAUCUUUGAUGGUGAUUGCUUGCGUGGCAACGUUUGCUAGUACAGAAUUGUUUUCCUCCAUGGCACAUCUCGAGACCGCUUUGUAUGCAGAAAAGGAUAUCGCCGUUGCCAUCAAAGAUUACAUUCAAGAAGAAGAAAAACGGCUUGACAAACUGAGAAGAAUCGCAGAGGACUUUUCAGAGCACAGUGAGAAAGCCCUAGCCAGCGAGAAGAACUUCUUGGCCAAUCCAAUCAAUGCUUACUUAUACAUGAAGCGAUUCACGUUGGACUGGGAUAAGGAGGUUGCUCCAAACUUUAAGAGUGACCCAGAAAAUGAGGUUCACAAAAGAAUAGAGGAACUGAAAGGUUACCUGCCCACCUACGAGGAUCUGAAGGGGGCAGUGACGGCAUUGUUACGCUUGCAAGACACGUAUCAGCUGGACACCAAUCACCUGGCCCAAGGUCAUAUCAGGUCCAUGGUAUCCAGGUCAAUGUCAGCCAAUGAUUGCUUUGAGAUUGGGCGACUGGCCUACCAGGAUGAAGACUUUUACCAUACUGCCAUGUGGAUGCAGACGUCUUUGGAAAGAGAGGAAGAUGAGAAAAAUAAAACAGUACCAAGGACCUUAGUUCUUGACUAUUUGUCUUAUGCCUCUAUGAUGCAAGGAAAUAUAGAAAGAGCCCUAGUGCUGACCAAUGAACUUCUGGCACUGUUGCCACACCAUACAAGGGCACAGAACAACCGCAAUUAUUAUGUAAAACUAUUGGAGGACCAGCGGAGAAAGGAACGCAGGCGCGGCGAAGACGGAGAGGCAGAAGAAAUAGAAGAUCAACCUAAUGAAUACAAUACACGACCUCUUGAUGAAUAUCGGAAAUCUGAGGAAUUCCAAACAUACGAGAGUCUGUGUAGAGGAGAGAAGACCCAUGAUUACAAACUGAAGCACAAAUUGAAGUGUCGCUAUGUGAACAAGAACAACCCCCUGCUGCUUUUACAGCCUGCCAAGGAAGAGGAGGUGUACCUGGAUCCCUGGAUCGUUGUUUACCAUAAUGUGGUUGCAGAUCAUGAAAUUGAGACCAUCAAAAGACUAGCUACACCAAAAUUAAAUAGAGCCACAGUCCAUAAUUCAAGAACGGGUAAAUUAGAAACGGCAGAAUACCGAGUCAGUAAAAGUGCAUGGUUAAAGGAUGAUGAUGAUGUGGUGAUAAGAAAUGUAAAUAGGAGAAUAGGUGCUGUCAGCAGUCUCAAUGUGGAAACCGCAGAAGAGCUACAGAUAGCUAAUUAUGGACUUGGAGGUCAAUACGAACCACAUUUUGAUUUUGCACGGAAAGAAGAGAAGAGUGCUUUCCGUGACCUUGGAUCUGGUAACAGAAUAGCCACAUGGUUAACCUAUAUGACGGAUGUGGAUGCUGGGGGUGCCACUGUUUUCCCAUAUAUUGGUGUGAAGUUAUUUCCUGAAAAGGGUGCUGCAGCAUUUUGGUAUAAUUUAUAUCGGAAUGGUGAUGGAAUUUAUAAUACGCGGCAUGCAGCCUGUCCAGUCUUGGUCGGCCAAAAGUGGGUGUCAAAUAAAUGGAUUCAUGAGAGAGGUCAAGAGUUUAAAAGACCAUGCAGUUUAAAUAUGGAUGAAUAAAAUCAAUCAUCAUCCCAUUACUGCUUAAUGGAAUCAUGACUUCAGAGUCUCAGCUUGACAAUGUGAUUUCAGGAUCAGCAAUAGUAUCGUGGUCUUCCAUGUACAUGUAAAUCUGGUUGACUGUGCCAUAUGAGUUACCGAUAACGAAGAUAAACCUGAGUGGGGAAAUUAUGUCUUGUUUUUAUCUGAAUACACAGGAGAAUCGUACUGUUAAAUUUUCCUUUAACAAGGUAAAAUACCCGGUAUAUACAUGUACAAGUUAUAUUCCUGCACAACCUUCUAUACAAGACUCAUGUUUUGAUCGGCAUGAUCCUUGUGCAUGUAUUUUAGAAUGUGAUUGUAUGACUUCUCUUGUUUUUAUAUGUGAGAAGUGUAAUGAAUGUGGAUUAUUAUGAGCAUCAAAUUUGUAUUCAAAAGGCUUUUGUGUUUUGAAGGAGAUUUUGUUGCAAUUGCUCUGCUUUUUGAUGCGUUAUUGUGGUCAUACAAUGAUCAGUGUUUUAUUUCAGAUUUACAUGUAUUGUGGUUUUAUUUUAAAUUUCAUUUUUCAUUUGCAUUUAUAUGGGAAUCACGAUACAAAAUAUAAUUGUAAGAAAAAUUGUAUACCUGCAAAUGAUGUUAAUGCCAAAUAUUUUGAUAUACAUUUGUACAUUGUAGUUUUGAAUCCAUUGUUUGCAAUAUCCCAGUUUUGUACAAUUUGCAUUGAUUUUUUAUUUUUAACAUUUUUACAACUUUGAUUAUUGAUGAUUUGUAUUGAAUUCCGAGGUGCAGUUUUAGGACAAUGAACAAUUGAGAUUACGUAGCUGAUCUUUCAGGUUUUUCUGAUUUUAGAGAGAACUAGGGAGUGUAAGCCUUUCUAAAUUCAUUUUAUAAGGUAUCAAGAUAUUGUUAACUUUUAUGACUCUCGCUAGGUCUCCAUAUUUGAUAUUACUGCUGAGGGUAUAUGAUCUCAUCUUAAUUUCUUGUUUCUAUGUUGGUCAUAGACCACAGCGUGCAUUUUCUCAGUUUGAGCAUUUGAUUGUAAUGGGUAUAUAUGUUGGGGAGGAAUCAUAUGUAUAAAUUUCUUGUAACUUUUUAUAAUUCCUGUUGCUUGCCCACCAGUAGACAUAUAAAUACAUUAUUUUCUCUCCAUUAUAUUUACUGUCAUUGACAAAAUAAAUGAAAUGCUAACUGUG